AACGGCUAAUGGAGCCUAGAUUAGAUUGUGCCCCUGUAUACAGCUCCUACAACCUGGAGCAAGUUGCCACUCCCCCUAUAUACAGCUCCUACAACCUGGAGCAGGUUGCCACUCCCCCUUUAUACAGCUCCUACAACCUGGAGCAGGUUGCCACUCUCCCUAUAUACAGCUCCUACAACCUGGAGCAGGUUGCCACUCCCCCAUUAUACAGCUCCUACAACCUGGAGCAGGUUGCCACUCCCCCUUUAUACAGCUCCUACAACCUGGAGCAGGUUGCCACUCCCCCUUUAUACAGCUCCUACAACCUGGAGCAGGUUCCCACUCCCCCUUUAUACAGCUCCUACAACCUGGAGCAGGUAGCCACUCCCCCUUUAUACAGCUCCUACAACCUGGAGCAGGUUCCCAUUCCCCCUUUAUACAGCUCCUACAACCUGGAGCAGGUAGCCACUCCCCCUAUAUACAGCUCCUACAACCUGGAGCAGGUUGCCUCUCCCCCUUUAUACAGCUCCUACAACCUGGAGCAGGUUGCCACUCCCCCUUUAUACAGCUCCUACAACCUGGAGCAGGUUGCCACUCCCCCUAUAUUCAGCUCCUACAACCUGGAGCAGGUUGCCACUCCCCCUUUAUACAGCUCCUACAACCUGGAGCAGGUUGCCACUCCCCCUAUAUACAGCUCCUACAACCUGGAGCAGGUUGCCGCUCCCCCUUUAUACAGCUCCUACAACCUGGAGCAGGUUGCCACUCCCCCUUUAUACAGCUCAAAACACCUAGAGCCGAUUUCCACGCACCCUUUAUACAGCUCCUACAACCUGGAGCAGGUUGCCACUCCCUCUUUAUACAGCUCCUACAACCUGGAGAAGGUUGCCACUCCCUCUUUAUACAGCUCCUACAACCCGGAGCAGGUUGCCACUCCCCCUAUAUACAGCUCCUACAACCUGGAGCAGGUUGCCGCUCCCCCUUUAUACAGCUCCUACAACCUGGAGCAGGUUGCCGCUCCCCCUUUAUACAGCUCCUACAACCUGGAGCAGGUUGCCACUCCCCCUUUAUACAGCUCCUACAACCUGGAGAAGGUUGCCACUCCCCCUUUAUACAGCUCCUACUGCCUGGAGCAGGUUGUCACUCCCCCUUUAUACAGCUCAAAACACCUAGAGCCGAUUUCCACACACCCUUUAUACAGCUCCUACAACCUGGAGAAGGUUGCCACUCCCCCUUUAUACAGCUCAAAACACCUAGAGCCGAUUUCCACACACCCUUUAUACAGCUCCUACAACCUGGAGCAGGUUGCCACUCCCCCUUUAUACAGCUCCUACUCUCAAAACACCUAG